UUGGAGGAGUAGAAACCCAAAUAUCCCGGCGAUAUCACACAUUUGUUUCACACAUUGGCUUGCAUAUCUGCUCGGCAGUUUGUUGUCUCUGAGACCUUUAUAAAUUGCUAACCACAGUCAAAGCCUUUACCCCUAAUAUAAUUUAAUUUGAGGAGCCGCCCGUCCUUUACAGAAAGUGGACUCGUCCAACGGAAAAGCUGGUGGAGCUGCUGUGAGAAGAUGUACUCAAACAAGUCUGAGUACAGUCACAGACGGCAGUACAGCGACAGAAGUGUAAGGCAGCGGGAUGACUACGAUGACGGAUGGGAAGAAAGGCGUGAAGCUCAGAGACCUCAGGAUUCCCAUUAUAAAUACGGCCGAGAUGGACGUCGUAGCGCAGAGAGGGCGGCCGGGAUUAGAGAGUUCAGCGACUCACCUAAGAGGCAGUACAGUAAGGAUUCAAAUUGGAGCAGAAAUAGCCCAGUAAGGAGACGCAUGUCUUCGCCAACUUGGGGCGGCUCUCAACAGAAAAGGCAAAGGUUUGCGGAGGAUGAUGAAAGCGAUUACAGGUACAGGUGUGAAACUUCCACGCUGUCAGCAGACAGUGUUCCACAUGCACACGAGGAUUUUAAGGAUAACCCGCCACCAGACGAGGAUUUCAGGUACAGGAGGUCCCCUCCAGGCUCCAGACACAGACAGCGACACGAAGAGUUCGCGUACAGACAACGACAUGAUGAUUUAACUUACAGACAGUUGUCUGAGAGCUGCAACGAUAGAGAUGGUCAUAAGAGGAGCCGUUCACGAGAGAGAAUGCGGUUGCAAGAUCACCCAACCAAGAUUUAUGCCAAACCCAGAGAGAGGACUCGCAGCCCUUCCACAUCCACAUAUCGUGAAGAUUAUCAUCAAGGUAGAGCGAGGUUUCCACCAAAUGACUCUAGUGCACAGUCUUUUGAGAGUAAAUUCCCGCAGGGUGCUGCUGUUCCGGACCAAAGACCAACUAAAGGUUUCCAGCGUUUCCUCGAUGUUCUCAACAAGGGCGUGAAUGUUGACGUUCUUACCAAGAUAGUGACUCAAACCCCGACCGAAGUCCCCGCUUCUCCAAGUUCAUUUGUGAAUUUCGAUGAUCGCCCGUGGUCUCCCAGUCGUGCUGAGAAACAACAGAGAAGCCACUCAAACAACCGCGGGGAUGAGAGGGAGACGUCCAAUGCGCCGGUUUCUCCAAGGUCUCACCGCAGGUCUCUCAGCCCAAGGAGGGGUCCUCUGUCUGAUGUGAAGUGUCUGCAGAGGGGUGUCGGCGAGCAAAGCUACAGCAGAUCCAAGUCUCCCUCAGGUAUGGAAAAGAUGACCCUGACGCCCGAAGAUGAGCACAAGCACAAGCAAAUGCAGGAUGUCCUGCAGGCCAUCGGCCUCGAUCUGGGAUUUGAAGAGCUCGGCCAAAUGUCGAAUCGAAUUCAGGAACGUCUGUAUGGAAAGAAGGACAAUGACUGGGCCCAGAAAGCAAGUAAGGAGGGCGGCACGACGCAAACGUCUUCUCUGAAACGUCACAAUAGAUCGUCAUCGAGCAGAUCUAGUUUUAGCCCAGUACCUCAGGACUGUUACUCGUACAGUGCUCAGAGCGAUGGAACAGAGCUGGACCAACCACAGGUUCACGAGUCUGUUGAAUAUAGCCAGGAGAUGAGCAGUGGCUCUUUGCAGGACACUGAGAAACGUGAAAGUAACUCCCAGGACAGCACAGCUGCGUUACAAGCGUUCUCUUAUAAUUCCACCUAUUCCGUGUCACAACCUCCUCCUCCUCCACCUGUGAUGCCGAUGUACUCUCCAGUCAACUCCCCACUGCUGCCAUACACAACUCAGCCUCCAGCCCUCCCUCCUGUUUUGCCCCACGUCGGUCCUAGGUUUUUUCUGCCUCCCUUCCUCCCUCCCUCCCACAACCAACCUCUCAACAUCUUCCCGGCUAUGCUCACUCAAACAAGGCACCUAUUCCCUCCACAGAUGAGUAAUCGGCGGCCAGCUCUGCUCCCUCUGCCACAUUUAAGCGCGGUUCAACCAGUUAACACGACGCAAAAAGCAAAAACUGUGCAGAGGACCCGCUUUUUGCAGGUGAUUGAUACAAAACAGCCUGGAUGAAGAUGAUUUCACGGAGGAAAAUGAGUCUUAAAAACUAUAUGACAACGAUUGAACCUUCAGGUAUUCUCUUUGCAAACAUUGAACGUCCCUUCAGAGAACGUCAACACUAAACAUCUGCAAGCAACAUGACCAGCGUCACCAAAAGCAACGACGAGAACGACACCUUGACUUCAAGUUCCAUGAUAAAAUCUAGGUAUGAUGCUCAGUUUGCUCUUACUACACCUAUAGUUUACUGUAUGUAUAGUUCAUGUCAUGCUGAAGACAAACACCUUUUUUUUUCAUCUGUAAACUUUGUAUUUUUAUUUUUGUUUCAAAUCAAACCCGAUAUUUUGAUGCAUCAUAAUUUGUGUUUUUAGUUACACUGUUCAGCCACAACAUUAAAACCAUUGACAUCAAUCGUUACAAUGCAAAUGUUCUGCUUGGUUGUGGCAUUUAUGUGGCUCUUACUGUGACACAUACUUCAUAACCAACGGCAGCAGCGGGACAAUAUUUCCUGCUAUGCUGCACAAAACUCCUCAGCACUGGUCCUAGUGACACAGUAAAGCGGUCAAGGUGUUGAUAUCAAACUUUCAGCAUCUUAUUCUGGUCAAGAGGGAUUGAUGGUGACCUCACCCCUCAAACCACAGCGUUCCCAGCCCCGUCCCCGUCCUCCACAGGACACUCCUACACAUCCAGGGUUCAUGUCCUGAUGGGUUGGAGCUGUUUAUGGCAUGAGGAGGGAGUUAAAGAACAUUAGACAUGUCUGUUUUUUUUCUUUCUUUGUUUUAGGGUGUGUCUGUCUUUAUUUUGAUAGAUACCAGGAGAUAAAGAGGAAACAAGAUGUAGUAAUUGCAUGUAAUUUUAAUAUUGUGGCUGAUCUGUGUCUCUGUGUCCACAUAGAUGUUUUUGUAGGAGCUUUGAUCAACCACAGCCAAACUUUGACUACAAAACACUCAAGCCUCUAUGUUCAACAGGCGCAUUUGCUUAAUUUUUCUGUAUGUUGCAGAAAACUGUUGUAAAAAAAAAAAAAAUGUUCAACUGCAUAAUAUUAAACACAAUAAUUCCAAGAGAUGAAGAAGGGUUGUUUCUCUUGAAUACGUAUUUACUUUUAUGUAACAAUUUCUAUAUGUACGUUCUCUGCCACUCAGACAUAAAGCUGAACGGGGCUUAAAACAGAACUUAAGUAGUAAA